AUGGACCAGCAGGGAGCGAAUGGGUCGCACGACUUGAAGAAAGAACAUGCCCAGGCCCAAGCGGCAGGACUGCCCCCCAAGCCAGACUUCACCCAGAAACAGAUGGCUCCUCCAGUCAGUGCCCCUGACAACCAUGCCGUGAAUGGGUCUCUGCCGAAUGGCGCACCCGGCCAGGGCCCACAUCCACCAGCAACGAACGGCGAUAUCGCUGUGGGGACCGCAGUCAUAGCAGAUCCUCAGUCACCUCCAGAGCUGGAUCAAUCAUGGCGGGAACAGCCGAACAACAAGAGCAUGGGGACACUGAUUGACCGGCUGGCCCAGGCGUGCUUCGAAGACUUGAACUCGACACUCCAGAAGAUGGCCGACACUCCCGUCGAGCCGCGCAGUGGGCAGCCAAAUGGAAUCACACAGCCGUCGACCGAUUCUUCUGAGGCCAGCUUAAGCAAAAAGCGAACGUUCAUGGACUUCGCCAAUGGCCAGCGUGAUCGCUUCAUCAAGACUCUGGUACUAUCAGAUUGGGCUCGAAGCAGCGACGAGAUGAGCAGACUCGUUGACAUUAAGGUCAUGUUCGACCAGCGCGAUGCGAUGCAAAAGUUCGCAAUCAACUUCAUUGGCCACGUAAAACGCGACGUGAACCAGAUCAAGAUUCCCAAUCCCAACAUCGACCUUGCCAUGGAGCUUUUGGCCGCUGGAAAGGCCUCGAAAUUACCUCACUUGGGUUACAUCGCACCCAAGAGACUGAGCGCCAAGGAAACUCUCAAGGCUCUGCGCAACAUGAAUGUCGCGCUCGAGACGAGACUCAACCUGCACGAGGACUUACCACCCCUUUUCAACGACUUCUCAGUAGCGAACGGAAAGGCCACAUUUCGAGUCCCAGGCGAGUUUGAAGUGGACUUGGCCAUUGCCGAUGAGGAUAUCAAUAGCCAGUUCUACUUCAUCAAUGCUCGGUUCUUGUUCUCUCCGGCCGCUGCUGAUAUUCCUGGUCCACUUCUAAAACAGCUAGAAGAUCGAUCGAACUUGGCACUGGCAACAAAAGGUCUUCAGGGUUGCUAUGAACUUCUUCACAACUUUAUCCUCACCUACAAGAUCAACGUUCUGUACGAUCAGGCGAGACAGGUCGAGCGCGAGAAGUGGUUUGGCUGCUUGGGCAUACAAAAGAGCCAUAGAGUGCUGACCGUACAGUACUGGCGCGGCAUGCCCGGGCGGAAGAGCUGGAUCGAGAUUGCCGUGAGCUCUGGCAAGCAGCAAAGCCGACGAUCAAGACGUCCCACAACGCCUCAACUUUCGGUGCGCUGGUUCAGGCGUGGCGAGCUCGUCGAGGAUCAUGGGCUGGAAUUCGACUGGCAAAACUUGUCUCUGGAGCACAUCUUGCGAAAUGUGGUUGCACGGCAUAUCUCGUGGGUACUCCGUGCGACACAAGGAAGGCUUCAAGUCCUCGCUGGUGCAAACUCGAAACUUCAGAUGGCACUGCAGUCUUCAAAGGACAGCGCUGAAGAUUCCCAUCUUACGCUUUCUUUGCCAGGCAUGCAGUCCACUCUCGCGGUGAGGCUGGAGCCGAUCACAGGACAUGUGUCGAUGUCGACAACGACCCCACGUGCGGCCGAUCUUGAAGGCAGGCUCAACAAACAGCCUGACCCAGACCUGGCGCUUGCCUUGGCUGGUCUGCUUUGCAACACUGUCAAAGAUCGUGUCGACAAAGCCGCAGAGCUUGCGGCGUGGUCUCCUUACCGCGCAGUCAUCCGCACGGACAACUUCAAGGCAAUCUUUGGCGCCGACGUCACUUCAUGGAGAGCUUUCGUACCAAGUCCUGGAUGGGCAUCACAAACUCGGCAAUGGGUCUUAUUCCCAACUUUCUCAUUGGCUGGGCAGAAGUGGUGGGUCGUUCGUCUUGAGAACAAGUCGAACUCAUCGCAGAACCCAUCCGCCAAGGCGAUUGUUAUCGCGCGGCGAGUCACUGUUGACAGAAUUGUCGCACCGAAUACCGCAUCGAUCAUGUCGCGCAGUCUGCUCUUGCAAAUUGAGAAGCUGGCAGUGGCAGAGGUAUCGUUUGCAGUGCUCUCUGAGCAGCUGUCUUCCGAGAAGAUACCACAUCGCGUACAGAGGAUAGCAUCGCUAACAGAUGGAGACAGCAGUGCUGGAUCGAUGCCAAUGUCGGCGAUGCUCAUUCAAUGGCAAGCCCUGCCGAAGUCGCCCUCCCGGAGAGAUUCCGCCGUUGACCCCGUCAAAGUCACCAAUCAAGGAUUCAUGACGCAAGGCGUGGGAAGUGAUGGUACCGGCGCUGAUAUAGGACACGAACUGCGUCUGACAGUGGACGAUGGCAAACUCAAGUCCCUGCGCGCAUAUCUGGCGGACAGCCGGCGGCCUUCAGAUAUUGCUAUGAAUGCUUCUGGUGGGCUGGCAAUCAGGCUUCGAACAUCUUUUGGGGAGCCAUUCUUUGAGCAGAUCAAGGAUCUGUUGCGGUCAUGCGAGCGACUGGACAUGUACCUUCAGAUGCUCGACGCCCUUAAGAUGCGGCCUGUUGUUGCGUCCACCACCAAGUUCAGCUUCAUCUACAACGACGCCCCUGAGCUGUCAACAACAAUCACCUUCCGUGGGAGCGAUGACAAGUUAUCGGCCACUCUCAAACUUGAGCCCAGCGCGAUCAACCCACAGCAGCGACAGCGACUGGCAUUUGAAAAGCUGAUGAACAGCACCACAACACCUAACAGGUUUGCGAUACUGUGUCAAGCCUUGAGAUAUUCGCUCCCUAUUAUGCAAUUGUGGGAGAAGCUGGAAAGUGCAGACUCCACCGGGCCAGACUUUACUGUGACCGUACUGGAUGCCAAUACCAUGAAGCUCGCGUACAAAGCGCCACUUCCGACUUGGGUCUUCUACAUUGAGUUGAGGAUCAAUAAGAAGACCGAUGGCGGCUCCCUGUGUAUAUGGAAGAUACGUCGGGACAAGUCAACAACGCCGCGGGAACUGGGCUCAACUGUGUUUGGCCGUGCGCUACUGGACCUGGCGAAGCACAAAGACAAUGACUGGCUUGGUCUGGAGGAUGGGACGCUUGUAGGGCAAACCGUGCCUGGCGGUGCACUUGCGUUGGAGAGCCUGGAUCGAUUGAUGCGUUCUUUCAGAGGCGUGGAAGAUUCUGCGACGAAGCAAGAGGAUGCGCCGCAACAGCAACAGCGAGCUCCGCCUCAGCAGAAACCUGCCCCUACGAAUUCGAAGCCAGCUCCAGCCAAGACGAACUCGAACCCGAACGCAGCCCGCAACAACCAGUCCAAAGUCAAGAAGGAGGUCAUCGAGUUGGACUAG